CCUGCUAGCCCACCCGCCCACCCCGCUGGAGCCCAGAGAGCCCAUAGCUCCAUUGCACCAUGUGUGGCAUUUGGGCCCUCUUUGGCAGUGACGACUGCCUUUCUGUUCAGUGUCUGAGUGCUAUGAAGAUUGCACACAGAGGUCCAGAUGCAUUUCGUUUUGAGAAUGUCAAUGGAUAUACCAACUGCUGCUUUGGAUUUCACCGGUUGGCAGUGGUUGACCAGCUGUUUGGAAUGCAGCCAAUUCGAGUAAAGAAAUAUCCUUACUUGUGGCUGUGUUACAACGGUGAAAUCUACAACCACAAGAAGCUGCAACACCAUUUUGAAUUUGAAUACCAGACCAAAGUGGAUGGUGAGAUAAUCCUUCAUCUUUAUGACAAAGGAGGAAUUGAGCAAACAGUUUGUAUGUUGGAUGGGGUAUUUGCAUUUAUUUUACUGGAUACUGCCAACAAGAAAGUAUUCUUGGGCAGAGAUACCUAUGGAGUCAGACCUUUGUUUAAAGCCGUGACAGAAGAUGGAUUUUUGGCCGUGUGUUCAGAAGCUAAAGGUCUCAUUAACUUGAAGCACUCCAUGACUCCUUUUUUAAAAGUGGAGCCUUUUCUCCCAGGACACUAUGAAGUUUUGGAUUUAAAGCCAAAUGGCAAAGUAGCAUCGGUGGAAAUGGUUAAAUAUCAUCACUGUAGAGAUGAGCCUCUGCAUGCCCUGUAUGACAGCGUGGAGAAACUCUUCCCAGGUUUUGAGAUAGAAACUGUGAAGAACAACAUCCGAAUCCUUUUUGACAAUGCCAUUAAGAAACGUUUGAUGACGGACAGAAGGAUUGGCUGCCUUUUAUCAGGUGGCUUGGAUUCCAGUUUGGUUGCUGCCAUCCUGUUGAAGCAGCUAAAAGAGGCCCAAGUACAGUAUCCUCUCCAGACAUUUGCGAUUGGCAUGGAAGACAGUCCCGAUUUACUAGCUGCUAGAAAGGUGGCAAAUCAUAUUGGGAGCGAACACCAUGAAGUCCUCUUUAACUCUGAGGAAGGCAUUCAGGUCCUGGAUGAAGUCAUAUUUUCCUUGGAAACUUAUGAUAUUACAACAGUCCGUGCUUCAGUAGGUAUGUACUUAAUUUCAAAGUACAUUCGGAAGAACACGGAUAGCAUAGUGAUCUUCUCUGGAGAAGGUUCAGAUGAACUUACACAGGGUUACAUAUAUUUUCACAAGGCUCCUUCCCCUGAGAAGGCCGAGGAGGAAAGUGAGCGGCUUCUGAAGGAACUGUAUUUGUUUGAUGUUCUCCGAGCAGAUCGAACUACUGCUGCCCAUGGCCUUGAACUGAGAGUCCCCUUCCUGGAUCAUCGAUUUUCUUCCUAUUACAUGUCUCUGCCACCAAAUAUGAGAAUCCCCAAGAACGGGAUAGAAAAACAUCUUCUGAGAGAGACCUUUGAGGACUCCAAUCUGAUACCUAAAGAGAUUCUCUGGCGACCAAAAGAAGCCUUCAGUGAUGGAAUAACCUCAGUUAAGAAUUCCUGGUUUAGGAUUUUACAGGAAUACAUUGAUCAUCAGGUUGAUGACGCAGUGAUGGCAAGCGCAGCCCAAAAAUUUGCCGUCAAUACUCCCAAAACGAAAGAAGGCUAUUACUACCGUCAGAUCUUUGAACGCCACUACCCGGGCCGCGCCGACUGGCUGCCUCAUUACUGGAUGCCCAAGUGGACUAGUGCCACUGACCCUUCCGCCCGCACUCUGACCCAUUACAAGGCCACUGCCAAAGCUUAGGUAUUCCCCGAGCCAUGGAGUGAAAGUAAACAUUUCUUCUCAUUGUGAAGGGUAGGGGGCUUGGGGGCAGGAAGGGUCAACGGCCCAGGCUUGCUUGGGUGUGAAAAAAUAAAAGUCUUAAAUCU